GUUUGAUAGGAAAGUUCCUGCAUCAUGGUUUUGAAGUGAAUCGAGCUAGCGUUUCGGAUUCGCCAUACAUUUUCUAGAUUGUCAACAAGCAAGUUUCACCAUGGAUUCUUAUUCGUUGAAAUCUGUCUUGGAUUUACCGGAGCCUUUCCGUUCAGUUUUUAGUUUCAGGUACUUUAAUUCACUGCAGAGUGAAUGUUUCCCUGUUUGUUUUUACUCCGAUACAAACAUGGUUAUAUCAGCACCUACGGGGAGCGGGAAAACUGUGCUCUUUGAGCUUUGCAUUUUGAGGCUUCUCUCAAGGUUCCUUUCUGGGGACGGUAGGUUUGUCCAUGUAAAGGGCACCCUCAAAACUAUCUAUGUAGCUCCAUCUAAGGCUUUAGUGCAAGAGAAGCUACGUGAUUGGAACCAGAAGUUUGGGUCAUGGGGGAUAAAUUGCCUGGAGCUGACGGGUGAUAAUGAUUAUUACAGCACAAGGAACAUACAAGAGGCAGAUAUUAUUUUAACCACUCCUGAGAAAUUUGAUGCUGUGACUCGUUAUCGCAUCAAGGAUGGUGGCUUGAGUUUUUUCAGUGACAUUGCGCUUCUACUUAUCGAUGAAGUUCACCUUCUGAAUGACCUACGAGGGGCAGCUUUGGAGGCAAUUGUCAGCAGAUUAAAAAUGCUCUCUCGCAACCCUGAAAUGAAAUCAAGCCCUCUAGCUUCUAUCCGUUUUCUAGCCAUUUCAGCAACCAUUCCAAAUAUUGAGGACCUUGGGGACUGGCUUGAGGCUCCUGUUCAAGGAAUCAAAAGGUUUGGAGAAGAAAUGCGACCAGUAAAGUUAACUACCAAAGUUUUUGAUAUUUUGAUGCAAUUUUCAAGGGGGAAAUCUGCUCUGGUUUUCUGUUCAACAAGGAAAGGAGCACAAGAAGCAGCACAGAAACUCUCUCAAACAGCAAUGGCUUUUGGUUAUUCAAACCCUUUUAUCAAAAGUAAAGAACAACAGGAAAGACUGAGGGAGGCCUCGCUAUCAUGCAGUGACAAACAAAUGCAAUCUUAUAUACUUUAUGGAGUUGGUUAUCACAAUGGUGGGCUUUGUCAAAGGGAUCGUAACCUUGUUGAAGGCCUUUUCCUUAACGGUGAUGUCCAAGUUCUUUGCACUACAAAUACCCUUGCUCAUGGAAUCAACCUGCCAGCUCAUACGGUAGUAAUAAAGUCAACACAACAUUUCAACAAGGAAAAAGGCCUUUACAUGGAGUAUGACCGGUCCACAGUACUACAGAUGUGUGGAAGGGCAGGUCGGCCACCAUUUGUUGAUACAGGAACGGUUAUAAUUAUGACAAGAAGAGAAACGGUCCAUUUAUAUGACAAUCUCUUGAAUGGAUGUGAAAUGGUGGAAUCACAAUUGCUUUCAUGCUUGAUGGAACACUUAACUGCAGAAAUAGUUCAACUGACCAUCACUGACAUCACAAAGGCAAUUGAGUGGAUGAAGUGCUCAUUCUUGUACAUUAGAAUGAAAAAGAACCCAGAGAAUUACGCAGUUAGAAAAGAGACACCAAGAGCCCGUAUAGAGAAGCAUAUGCAAGAGAUCUGUGUUCAAAAUGUUAAUGAGUUAUCACAUCAUCAAUUGAUUCAGACUGAUGAAGAUGGUUUUGUCUUGAGGCCGCUAGAGCCAGGAAGGUUGAUGACCAAGUACUACUUGAAAUUUGUCACCAUGAAACUCAUAAUGCAAGCACCAGCAUACUGCAGUUUAGAAGAUAUACUACACACUAUAUGUCGUGCUGAGGAAAUUGCUUGGAUCCAGCUAAGAAGGAAUGAGAAGAAGCUUCUGAAUGACAUAAAUACCGAUAAAGGUGGCCGUCUUCGCUUUCAUGUCACUGGUGAUAAAGGAAAAAGGAAAAAGCGUAUUCAAACUAGAGAAGAAAAGAUAUUUGUUUUGACAAAUGACUGCUUAACUGGGGAUCCUUUAGUUCAUGAUUUAUCCAUGACCCAGGAUGUGAAUUCGAUAUGCUCAAAUGGGUGUAGAAUUGCCAAGUGUAUGAAAGAGUACUUUCUAUAUAGAAAGAUUUACAAAGGAGCCCUGAACUCAUCCCUUGUAGCCAAGUCACUAUAUCAGAAACUAUGGGAUGAUAGCCCAUACUUACUGAAACAAUUACCCGGCAUUGGAAUGGUGACCGCAAAGGCACUGCAUUCAAUGGGAAUUAAAUCAUUUGAGUCACUAGCUGGAGCUGAUCCAAGAAGAAUAGAGGUAGUCACUGGUCGGAAGUACCCAUUUGGGAACCAUAUCAAGGAAUCUCUACUGGCACUCCCACCAAAAGUUAAUAUGAAGAUUGAGGAAAUUGAAUGCCAGAGACAGGGAAAGUCCAAGCUUGCAUUAAUGUUGACAAGGGUCUCAGAAGCAAUCCAAUCAACUAAACGACACUAUGCUGAUAUGAUUGUUGGAUCAGAAGAAGAAAACUUGAUUCUCUUUCAUGAGAAAAUAAGGGUGGAUGAGUUUUCCAGCCCCUAUAGCACGACAAUUUUCAUAUCAAACCCCUUUGAAAGGUUGACCGUGAAGGCAGAUCUUAUUUUUGAAGAAUACAUUGGCCUAGAUCUCCACCAAAAACUUUUGCUGGUUAAGGACAAUGAUCCAAACACUAAUAGUGAACACGGGAAAAAACUGCCUCGUUUUUCUGUUCCACCUGAGAAAUUAUGUAGCAAGGAAGAUGAUACAGCUGCUGCUACAUCUCUAGAUCCGGCUCAAAAGCCUCCUGUUAAAUCCAAUGAGAUCUCUUUAAUGCCCAGUUUCAACCUCUUGGAUGAAGAGAUGGGAGAAUGUGAGCCUGCUGCAGAUAAUGAAGAUGACGAUUGCAAAAUCAUCACCAAACAAACAAUAUUCGACCACAUUCGUGAAAAAGCUAAGAACUUUCCUCUCUUGACUACAUCAAACGGUGCAAGUUCUCCAACAUCCAGUACUUUGACUAUCAAAAGAAAGUGCCCUGUUGAGGUGCACCUUGAACUCUGUAACGAACAGGAUAAUCUUGAAGAAACAAAUAAAAGCGAAACCCGUCAACAGGUUGUGCUGAACCCUUCUCCAGAACCCAGAGAGUCAGGACAUGAUGUAGAUACCAUCAACAAUUACCUUACCACAAAGCAUUAUAUAAGUACUGCUGGGAGCUCAGAUCUUCAAUCGGAACCUGAGGAGACAACAUUCAAAACAUUGACAGAAAAAACAAUAUUUGACCACAUCCGGAAAAAAUCAGGGGAUUUUCCGGUACUGAAUACUCCGAAGCCCAUUCAGACUGACUCUCAUAUCUGGGCAAAGGAACAACACAUUAAGAAUGAGACUGAGUCCUGUGGUUCUGCUUCUAAAGCCACGGAUUCUAGCAAAUUCCUGAGAGAUGUUAUGAUCAUUUCAAAACGGGAACCUGGAGAAGUCAGCAGGGACUUUUUUAGUAGCCAGGCAUGCAGAAAGGCCAAGCAUGAAUUUGCUGAAAGUUUCAAUGGAGCACGUGGAAGAUCAAAUGUCUCAAGCACCAAGGCUGAUCCCACAUCGAUCAAAAUGCUGUCCUUUGAUAUUUCAAUGAUGAAGAACAAUAUGCAGGUGGCAGAGUUAGGAAGGUCCAUGGAAGUCGACCGGAGAGGGAAGUGUUCUGAAAAUGGUUCAAAAAGACAGUGCUGUUCAUUGGCAUCUGCGGACAACACCAAGGAAGUAGAUUCGUUUCUUGGGUUUCAGAGUGUUUUUUCAUUUCUCUGAUUUCUUGUUUGCCAUACUAUCAAGGUAGUGUCACAAUAUAAACUUUUAAACUUUAAUUGUUCAUUUGUCCCUAAACUGAGCAAGAAAGAGACAAGAUAAUC